CUGGUCACCUAGAUGAGUUGUCAAACUCCCAUCCUUCCAUGAAUCCGAUCAAUCCGAUCAAUCCCAUCGAUCCCAUCUCCGACUUAUUCCCAAGUUCUCGUUUUCUGGGAUAGAUUGAUUGGUCAAUUGCUUCACUCGUGUCAAUCGUGCCCAUCCAAUCGUCGUGGAGUGCAUUUCCACUGGAUCGGGCAUAUAAGGUUCAUCAUGUCGUACGCCCCUGGGACAUCGGUGGGGGGAGGUCCUGGUACGAGUGUCGGCCAUAGCCAAGGCGUGGGAGGUGGAGCUUCAGAGUACAACUAUGGCACCACACCCUCUCAAUAUGAUUCCGACUCUAGACCCGACAAAGACAGCAAAUAUCCCAAGAUCCUCCUCAUGGGAUUGAGAAGGAGUGGGAAGUCGUCGAUUCAGAAAGUGGUGUUCCACAAGAUGUCGCCUAAUGAGACGUUGUUCUUGGAGAGCACCAGUCUGAUUGUCAAAGAGGACAUAGCCAACUCAUCGUUCUUUCAGUUCUCGAUUUGGGAUUUCCCCGGUCAAAUCGACUUCUUUGACUCGACUUUUGAAUCCGAAAAGAUCUUUGAUAACUGUGGGGCCAUCAUUUUUGUCAUCGACGCUCAAGAUGACUAUAGUGAAGCCAUGGCAACGUUGAGUGAGACCAUUACUCGAGCACAUAAUGUGAGUCGAGACAUUAAAUUCGAGGUGUUCAUACACAAAGUGGAUGGACUGUCUGACGACAUCAAGAUCGAAACUCAACGCGACAUUCACCAAAGAUCCUCGGAUGACCUAAUGGAAAGUGGUCUCGAGGAUCGGGUCCAGUUGUCUUUUUACCUCACCUCAAUUUACGAUCACUCUAUCUUCGAGGCCUUUUCCAAGGUCAUCCAGAAGCUUAUUCCUCAAUUGCCAGCCUUGGAGGAUUUGCUCAAUCUCUUCGUUUCGCGAACUCGAAUCGAAAAAGCCUUUCUGUUUGAUGUGGGCUCGAAAAUCUACAUCGCCACUGACUCUUCGCCCGUGGAUAUGCAGAGCUAUGAGCUUUGUUGUAACAUGAUCGAUGUGGUCAUCGAUGUCUCUUGCAUUUACGGACUUUCGGAUGAGAACGAUGAAUCGGCGUUUGAUCACAAGAGUUCAAGCGUGAUCAAAUUGAACAACUCGACCACUUUGUACUUGAAAGAAAUCAGCCGCGUUCUUGCCAUGGUCUGCAUAUUCAGGAGCGAAAAUUAUGCUCUUCCAGGAAUCAUCGACUACAAUUUCGGAGUGAUCCGUGACGGGAUCGAAAAAGUGUUUGGUGUCAGGGAUCAGUUGAUUGGCGAGGCUGAACUCGGAAAGAGCCAACUUUCGACCUCAUUUAUGCACCCGGAGAGUGUGGAGAAAUAGGUUCAAGAGUUGUUGAAGUUGAAUAGACACGGCGAUCGAUUUACGUAUAUAUUUUUGACCUCUACAAUGAAAGUGGAAGAUGAAUAUUUAUCCCGAUAGGAAUCCCCCUUAUAUCUACGUAUCUUUGCCGAGUGCCUCUCAUGCCAACAACGAGAUAUACUACAAUUAUUAUUAUUACUCUUAGCCAACAACAAUACAAUCGAUUCAUGUGAACAAUGA